GGAUACAAAACAAAAUAAUAACUGAAACUAACGAAAUAUCAAAUAUUCAAAUCAUUUCAAUUUCCAUUUCUCACAAUGGCAACCCCCUCGUGCUCUCGAUCUGGCGCCGGCGUUAAAAUUGUCUCAAAUCGGCGGAAGAACCGGCUAGCUGCCGGUCCUUACGACCGUCCGCCUCCGCCUCCGAGAAGUCCUAAUUGGUUAGCCGAUGCAAUUCUCCACUCUGCAAUCACCCUUGCUUCCGGCGCCGGAAAAAUCCUCUCCUCCGUUCUCCUUUCCGACUCUUCUUCUGAUGAAGAUGUUGACUCCGCGUCUGAGAAUGAUGCUGGCAAUGAUAAUGACUAUGAAAAUCCUUCUGAUGAAAUUGAUAAAUUAAGCCAGAAGAAUGGAACUUCAUUGCAAAUGAUAAAAGACGGACAAGAGUCCCAAUUUAGUGCAAGUAAAAGUAUAAUUGAACGGUUGAUUAUGCAGGAGACGUAUUCAAGGGAUGAGUGUGAUCGACUGAUUAAUAUUGUUAACUCACGAGUAAUAGGUUAUUCCAUAAAUGAAGCUGAGGUGAAUGGUCUACAUACUGAUGCCCUGAGGGAUAUUGGCAAUGAAACUGUUGAUCUCUACAAUAAAGAUGUUGUGGAAGCCAAAAUAUGGUUUGAAGAGAAGAAAAUGGGAUUAAAUGCUGGGUCAGAUUUGGCACAUGGGACCUGUGGUUCAAACUCUGUUGUGGUUCAACCUAAAAGGAAUUCUCUUUCAUCUGGGUCAUGGAAUAUUCAAGAGGAACUUCGAAGAGUGCGUUUAAAGGCAACAAAAGAUAUGUCAUGUUCUCCAUCCUCAAAGAUUGAUCUAUCAUUAUCUGUGCUUGCACCAAAGAGAGGCCAGGAGUCUUUGGUAUCUGAGAUACUAGCAGCUGGUGUGGGAGAGAGAAUGAUUGAGCCAAAAGAACCCAAUUCUAUAGACCCAUCUUUGAACUUGGAUGCGGGAAUGGGCACUGAUCCUGGUCUCACAGCUAUGAAUUGGCUCUGGCGUAAUCGAAGAAGAUGGAAUGUGAAUGACAAGGUAAACAAAGAAAAUAAAAGGGCAGCUGAACUGAAGCAAGAACGCGAGCUCAAGAGGCUCAAAAGCUCCGUAAAUUACAAUGGGAGAAAGGAACAAAGAGGAGAGAGCGGAAAUCCAAGCACAAUAUAGCACCGAUAUGGAGUGGAAAGAGGAUAGAACCAUGAAUAAUCUGAUGAGGGAAACCAUAAUCUGAAUGCCAUGAGCCAGAAGAAGAAGAAGACAAAGAAAGCUUUUGUAGAUGACAUGUAAGAUUCUGAGUUGAAAUUGGCUGAGCAUGUAUACAUACACAUUUACAGUAUAGAAAUCAGUACACAUGCAACCAUAAUCCAUAAUCCUGUAGUUAGCUAAUAGAAAUCGGUAACUACAUGAACAUUUACUCUGAUUUCUCUAUUUCUAAAUAAGUUCAACUUAUAAACAAUUUGAAUUUGCCAAACUUUCAAAAAAAUUUUGU